AUGACCGGGUUGAAUCUAAGGGGUUUGUCUGAUACUUAUUUUGAAGACAAUGAGAUCAGUCUCAAUGUUGGAGGCUUUAAAAAAAAGAUGAGAUACAACACACUAUUGAGAUUCCCUGAAACAAGACUGGGUAAGCUGCUGAGCUGCAAUUCAAAGGAGUCAAUUUUAGAGCUUUGUGAUGACUAUGAUGACACUAAGAAUGAGUUCUACUUUGAUAGAAAUCCUGAACUUUUCCCUUAUGUGCUCCAUUUUUAUGAUACUGGGAAGUUACAUGUGAUGGGUGAGCUCUGUGUCUUUUCCUUCAGCCAAGAAAUUGAAUACUGGGGAAUCAAUGAAUUCUUUAUUGAUUCUUGCUGCAGUUAUAGCUAUCAUGGGAGAAAAAUGGAACCAGAUCAAGAAAAAUGGGAAGAUCACAGUGACCAAGAAAGUACCUCUUCUUCAUUUGAUGAGAUCUUGGCCUUCUACAAUGAUGCUGCUAAGUUUGACCAGCAACCAUUUGGGAAAGUGAGGCGACAGCUAUGGUUAGCUUUAGACAAUCCUGGCUAUUCUGUCUUGAGCCGAAUAUUCAGUGUUCUUUCUAUUAUGGUUGUUCUUGGAUCAAUAGUAACCAUGUGCCUCAACAGCCUUUCAGACUUCCAGAUUAUUAACAGCUAUGGGAAUUCAGAGGAAGAUCCUAGAUUUGAAAUUGUGGAACAUUUUGGUAUUGCAUGGUUUACUUUUGAGCUGGUGGCCAGGUUUGCAGUUGCCCCAGAUUUCCUUCAGUUUUUUAAGCAUGCACUCAAUCUGAUUGACCUCAUGUCCAUCCUUCCAUUCUAUAUCACUUUAAUAGUAAACCUGGUGGUGGAAAGUAGUCCUACAUUAGCCAAUUUGGGUAGAGUAGCCCAAGUCCUGAGACUGAUGAGAAUAUUCCGUAUUUUAAAACUUGCUCGACAUUCAACAGGCCUUAGAUCUCUUGGAGCUACCCUCAAAUAUAGCUACAGAGAAGUAGGGCUUCUUCUCCUCUACCUCUCAGUUGGAAUCUCUAUAUUCUCAGUAGUGGCUUACACAAUUGAAAAAGAAGAAAACCGAGCCCUGGAAACUAUCCCUGCCUGCUGGUGGUGGGCUACAGUUAGUAUGACUACAGUUGGUUAUGGCGAUGUUGUCCCAUUGACCAUAGCAGGCAGGCUAACAGCUUCUGCAUGCAUCUUAGCUGGCAUCUUAGUUGUAGUCCUUCCUAUUACACUUAUAUUCAAUAAGUUCUCUCAUUUUUAUAAGCGCCAAAAACAGCUGGAAAGUGCCAUGAGGAGCUGUGAUUUUGGGGAUGGAAUGAAAGUAGUUCCUUCUGUCAAUUUAAGGGACUACUAUGCCUACAAAGUUAAAUCCCUUAUGGCCAGUCUCACAAAUAUGAGCGGAAGCACACCCAGUGAAUUAAGUCUAAAUGAUUCCUUACACUAA